GUUUCAUUUGGCCGUGACUUUGAACAGCAGCUGAGUUUCUAUGUGGAAGCCAGGUCAAUGUUUUGCAAUCUGGAGCCUGUUCUUGUCCAGUUGAUUCAUUCUGUGAACCAACUAGCAAUGGAAACAAGAAAGGUGAUGAAAGGCAAUCAUUCCAGAAAGACCGCUGCGUUUGUCAGGGCAUGUGUUGCCUUCUGCUUCAUUACAAUUCCCUCUCUGAGCAGUAUCUUCACACGUCUUAAUCUGUAUCUACACUCCGGACAGGUUGCUCUGGCAAACCAGUGCCUUUCACAAGCUGAUGCGUUUUUCAAAGCUGCAGUGAGCCUUGUUCCUGAAGUGCCAAAAAUGAUCAGUGUAGAUGGAAAGAUGCGACCUUCGGAUGCCUUCCUCCUGGAAUUCCUUUGUAAUUUUUUUUCCACAUUAUUAGUUGUUCCG